UGAUGGAUAACAGCAAAGCAUGUUUAGCUAAGGCGAGAUUAGCUGCAAUUAUUUGUGUUCAGGAUCUCUGCCGAGCUGAUCCAAAAUUGUUUACAACUCAGUGGACAAUGCUUUUGCCAUCCAAUGAUGAGCUACAACACAGGUCCGGAUUGUAGCUGCUUCUACUAUUAUGGCAAUGUUGGAUGGGCCUGCUUCUGUUUCCCUACAGGUAGCUGAAUUUAAGGAGCACUCAAAACAUGGGUCGUUUACCACACUUUCUAGCUCUCUUGGGCAUAUCUUGAUGCAACUUCAUUCAGCAUCUACACCAUAUUCAAGAAUGCCUCCUGAGCUGCUCGCUAGGGUUAUCUCUUCACUCCAGUCAACAAUUGAAAAGGGGUUUCCAUAUCAUAAUGAUCGGAAUAGUUUGCUGGCUGCAGCAAUUAUUUGCUUAACCAGAGCUCUUUCUGUGCCUGCCUCAAUGUGUGUCAACAAUAUGCUGCUGGGAGAAAUUUCAUCAGGAUAUCUUGAAGGUCAGAGUUCGGGAGUACUGUUUACCUUGUUUCAAUAUUCUGAACGGUUAUCAACUCCGUCAAUAAGCUUAGAAGCACUUCAGGCUCUUAAAUCUUUGUCCCAUAAUUAUCCAAAUGUAAUGACCUUAUGCUGGGAACAAAUUUCCUCUAUCAUUUAUGGAGUAUUAAGCAUAUUCCCUGAUGAGUCUUCAAGAUUAUGGAGAGGUAAUGUUGAACAGACUGCUGCAUCAUUAAAGGAGAGAGUAGUUAUGACUGCUGCUGUCAAGGUUUUGGAUGAAAGUCUUCGGGCUAUUUCUGGCUUUAAAGGAACUGAAGAUCUUUCAACUGAUAAAUCUCUUGAUAGUCCGUUUACAUCUGACUAUGUGAAAACAAAGGCAAUCUCAUCAGCACCAUCAUACAGUUUAGAGACCCCUGUUUCAACUAUUGAUGGUUCUCAAACAUGCAUCUUAGCAAGUGAGAGGUGGUUGGAAGCAACAAUCAAGCAUAUGCCUCUUAUUAUUAAUCAUUCUUCUGCGAUGGUAAGAGCUGCAUCAGUGACCUGUUUUGCUGGAAUGACUUCUCCUGUUUUCAUUUCCCUUCCAGAGGACAAACAGGAAUACAUAACUGUAUCUUCAAUUAAUGCUGCUCUAUAUGAUGAGGUUCCUUCAGUUAGAUCUGCUGCUUGCCGAGCCAUUGGUGUUAUUGGAUGUUUCCCACAAAUAUAUCAUAGUGCCGAAGUUCUGGAAAAGUUCAUCCUGGCGGCAGAGCGCAAUGCCCAUGAUUCACUGGUUUCUGUUCGUAUUACAGCUUCAUGGGCAUUGGCAAACAUAUGUGAUUCUCUUAGCCGUUGCUUGGAUGAACUAUAUGAUGGAAGAAGUUCAAUUGGAUCUACAAAAUGUUUUGAAUACACAACACUGCUAGUAGACAGUGCAUUGCGGCUGGUCAGGGACAAUGACAAGGUCAAAGCAAAUGCUAUUAGGGAUUUAGGAAAUCUUGCAAGAUCCAUCCAAUUCAUAAAACAAUUACCUAGUAAUGGUGAUCCACUGUAUUCCAUGCAUUCUAAAAUUGAAUACCACGGCGGAAAAGGAUUCAAGGAUCAUGUGAAAGAAAGGUCACAAUCAGUUCAAAGUUCCCCUGGGAGUUUCGAUUGGCUUGAUCAGAUGGUGCAGGCUUUUCUUUCUUGUGUCACAACUGGAAACGUUAAGGCGAAUUAUGGCAUCAUCUUCUAGUGCUCGCAGAAGACUAUUAUGUGGUCCUGAGGACCGAUCUGUACUAUAUUUUCAGAGACAACACGUCUCUAACAAUAUAUGGGUUGGAGAACCCUCACAAGACCUACGCUGCAGAAGGUACGAAGGUAUCAUUUGGGAUGUUCACAUACAUCCUCGUGUCUUGGCGAUUGUAGACAGGAUGGGGUUUGGCGGGAUGUUGAGGUGUGGUAAACCGAAAGAUAUUGACCACCAUCUCAUCACCGCUUUGAUUGAACGCUGGAGGCCAGAGACGCACACGUUUUACUUUCCAGUCGGUGAAGCGACUGUGACAUUAGAAGACGUGGAGGUCUUGUGGGGCCUCAACACUGACGGUGAAGCUAUGACGGGUUACAUCCCCACUAAGGAUGUAAACCAUUGGAAGGAGGUUUGUCUGGAUUUUCUUGGCUUUAUUCCAGAUCAAGUUGAUUUGAAAGAAAUGAACUGGAAGCAGACAGCCUUAUCAGCUCAAUUGAGGAUUGAGUUGAGUGAUGAUCACGAAGAGUAUAUGUACGCGCAACGUGCUCGUGUGUAUUGUCUAUUGUAACUUGGUGGUCUGUUGAUCCCUAACGCAUCUGGUAAUAAAAUUCCAUUUUUCUACAUUCAAUUUUUCAUGGAUAUAGAACGAUGUAGUACCUAUAGCUGGGGUGGUGCGACUCUUGCAUGCUUGUACUACAAUUUAUGUGAAGCUGCACUUGGUAAGAGGACCGAUGUUGGGGGUGCUCUUACAUUGUUACAGUUGUGGGCUUGGGAGAGAAUCCCAAUUAUUAGGCCGACAAUGCUAAAUCCCGUGCCUAUAGACUACCUACCAUGUGCAAUCGCAUGGACUGGUCCGGCCUUUUAUGUAAAAGCACCCGGGCAUUGCAUUGAAACUUUCAGAGAGCAGUUCUCUAGAAUGCAUGCCGACCAAUUUAUUUGUAGGCCGUAUGUCCACCGAAACCUGCCGGAUGUUUGUGUUGUCGGUCGUCCUAUAUGGACGUCGAGCACAACCAUUAUCUGUUGGAAUCUGGUUGAGCCAUACGUGCCAGAGCGAGUAUUGCGACAAUUUGGGAUUGUCCAACCCUAUAUCCCGCUUGUCAACAGGUUCCACGGUGCUGAUUUUUUGAAACAGGAUCGACGUGGCAAAGCUGGACGGAAUUGGAUUGACUGGCACGCCAAUCAUUUACAGGCUUGGGAUAAUAGGCACGACACGGUGUACGUGGAUUUGGAGUACUCAAUGGAGCCUAUUGCACUUGAUGAGUACAUGGAUUGGUUUCGCCGGAUAACCGUGGUGUACAUAACAAAACCUGACGUGCAUGCUCAGGAGGGCUUCCAGCAAACGGCAACCUCUCAUAACUACGCGACGGCCUGUACAUAUCUGGGGAACCUGAGAUGAUGGACUGGCGUCCUUCCCAGCGGUCUGAGCUGGACAUUGACAUGCCCGUGAGGCAAAAAGGGAAGCGGCGUGGUAAGAAGAAAGCGGGUGAAGAGUCGUCAUCCGCAAGGAUGGUAGUGGAUUCCGAUGACGACUUUAUGCCUCCACCUCCACCAAGCUCCGUCGUUCGAGGACGGCAUUCAGUUAGCCACACUGGUGGAACCGGUGAAGAUAUCGGUCUAAGUGAUGUCCCCCAAUCACCACCUCGUUCUUCUGUGCGAGACGACUUCUUUGGCGCUGAUUUACAGAACAUGGUUGUGCAAGAUACUCCUCCGUCUCGUCUCCCUACCUCCAGAAUCGGGAAGGGAAUCCGUGGUUUGUUUAUGCGGAAAAGGCGAGACGAUUGAACAUUUAACAAGUAUUUAGUUGAAUUGAUCAUUAUAGCUUUAUAACAAUUUUUGUGUUCAUUUCUCCAGUUGAACAUUGUUAUGGUUUAUUAAAAACGACACUCUCCCUUACGUCUGAACUUUUUAUAUUAGGAAUUUGAUACAUCCUCUUGAUAUUGGUGUUU